AUGUUAGCUCCUCGCCCUUAUUUAAUGAUUGCUGGUACAAAGGCUUUAAGCCGUUUCUACAGUGAAGAUGCUGUAAAGACUAGUUCAAAUGGUGAAUUAUUCCUCAUUGAUGAUGCGACACAUGCGGACUUGUACUUCAAACAACCCCAUGUUGAUAAUGCUGUUAAGAAGUUAACUGAGUUUUUUAAAGGAGCUUUUAAAUAG